AAAGGAAGUGGAGCUUUCCGUUUUGGAAAAUAUGUUCUUUCUUCCGUCUAUAGCCGACAUACGUCAUAGGGGUGCUCACUCCUCGAAAGUCAUAUAUAAAGCGGAUCUUUCAACUUAGGAGUCUCUGCAGAUCUUCACGUUAACAGGAUCAAUCACACGAAUCUCUAUCACUGUCCGAAUCUAUCUUGUAUUUUAUACGAUGUCCGAUACCUCUGAUCCUCCGCCAGCAGGCACAGGAGGCACAGGGAGCGCGGCGGAACCAGGUAAUGCAGGACGUGCUGAAAGUCCGGGAAAGGGUGCUUCAAUGGGUGAGAAAGUCCGUGGGGCAUUUGGGACCGUACAUGGCGUAUUCGGCGCGUUCUUAGGUUACACAGAAUCGUUCCGAACGGGUGUGCUGGACUUCGUUGAUACUGCUACUGGCACCAAAGACCGUCGUCAGGUUCAUAAGGAUGCCGGUGAGACGGAAGAGGGGGUUCAAACGCAACCGAUGGAACAUAGAGACAAAGAUAAAGUGGCGACAGCCCCAGGAACGACCGCUCCUGAACCUACAACUGCUCCUGAACCUACAGCAGCUCGUGAACCUACAACUGCUGCGGCCCCUAGUCCUGUAGGCGAUGUAAAGAAGUCUCAUGAGCCUACUGCUCCUUUUGAGGAACGUGCAGGCGGUACUGGCACGUCGACCGCAACUAAAGUUUGAGUACAAAGCCUUCAAUGCAUCAGUAUAGCAGCCAUUCGUCAUUUCCACUUGUUUAAAGAUGAUCGCGACAUAAUAUUACCGCCUAGGUUUAUUCAGGAAGUGGCAUGUAGUAAUAGGUGCGAGUAAACGGGACGGACAAUCUAUCAUACAAGUCAAUGUGAUCUGUAGCAAUACAAUCCAGAUAUUGAAGAUGAAAAUCAAUGUGAGAUGGGGUUACAUGGGUAACGGCGUAGCCAAGACGAAAAGGAUAUAUCGGUGUCCGUAAGGAACUUUUUAAGAACGAUCUGCGCGUUUGCGUAGGACGUGAGGCUCAACUUCGGGGGACAUUAUCAGGCCUUUCCAAAGUUGUCUCCAUGAUAUCGGGUUGCCCUACACAACACGCAUUAAAAGUAAACUCUGAUAACUAGAGACGAACCACAUACCUGAUCCCUAUGCAUAAGACAGAAAGUCCCUGAAUACGACCCAUGCGUGAAGUUCUCCAACUUCACAUAUCCUUUGUACAUCAAUUUUCGUU